AUGGGCACGGGAACAAUCAAUGCAAUUGCUACUGCACACGAGACAGCUUAUGAAUCGAGUCGAGAUGAGCUAUUGUGCAACAAGUCACUUUUUGCUCUCCUACGGGAGUAUAUGCGCUUGAAGAUCCCAGAAAUGGCCUGCUCCGCUCUCACACAUGGCUGUGCUGUUUUGCCGUCACCGCUGCUCCAGAGCAAGAACACCAGAAAAUUCGACCGCCGCAACGAACAACGGUACAAGCGCUUCAGACGCCACUGGAUGGAAACCAAGUGGACCAAUGCUGCGCAUGGAAUUUUCCUCUAUCCCCAUCCUGGUUGUUCUUGCAGAGAGCACAAGACUACGGAGUAUCAAUUGAGGGGAAAGAGAGCAUUGGGCCCCGGCAAGGAUAUGACUCGCGAUUGCAAUGCAAUGCCCAAGACAUGGGGACAAAACUUAAUCAGGUCAUUUUUAUUGUCCACGAACGACAAAGAACCCUACCACGGAGCACGGAGUACGGAUUAG